GCAAAUAUCAUAACCAUGAGUGCAAAAGUAUUAUUCGCUUGCUCCAAAUGUUUCUCGCGUCAUCCAUAUGAAGAAUUAUCCUCGGGACAGCAACUUUGCAAGGGCUGCCGUGGUUCUACCUCAAUUGUUAAAUGUACUUACUGCCGCUCGGAGUUUCAACCCGCCACCAAAUCACAGAGUGCCUGUAAAAAAUGCGAACACUAUCUGGGAAAAUACGGUAAGCCCAGUCCGUGCGAGUGCUGCAAGAUUGUGGCUGCCUUCGCGGGGUCCAAGUGCAUGAGAUGCGCCAGCUACGAGGCAAAGUAUGGACCACCAGUCCACUGCGACGAAUGCAAGCUGCGAUCAGCCUUUGACAGGCGCGACGAGAACAAAAAGGUCAAUGGAAAACUCCUCUGCUGGCUGUGUACCUGCGCCUACAAGCGUGCUGUGCUGAAAGCCCAGCAGGAGGGCCGAAUACCCAUGUCCAAGAAGCGGCCGCAUGAAAAGUCUUCUUCCUCGCACAGAGACAGCGCCUCGGCAAAGAAGCCAUCGCGCAACGAGCUCGGCAAGAGUGGCGGCAGCAACAAUGCCGGCGGCGUUACGGCGGUGAGCGGAGCCGGAUUGGAUCUUCCGGACAAGAUAUCACGCGGUAACAGCGGCAACGGCACAAUUGCAGCCCCGGCUGCCAUCACUGUGGACACUAAUUCGUCCGAUCAUGUGGUGGCCAUCACAUACCUAAAGGAGCGCAUCGCCAGCCUGGAGAAGCGUCUCAAUCAAAAAGACAAAGAACUGCUGGAGAAGGAUAAGCAAUUGACCGAGCUGAAAGGCAAGAACUUCGAAAAGGAAAAUGACAUGCGCAACAGGCUGAAGGAGGUCGAGCGUCUGCACGACAUGAAGGUUGAUAACUUGAACCGCAAAAUUUCCAGUCUGAUCAAGGACCUGGCCAUCUUGAAAAGGAGCUGCAAAAAGGGGCCCAGCGGGUCCAGCAAGGCAGAAAGGGAAGCUAUCAAGCGAGAGAAUCUGUCGCCCAAAGAGGAAAUUAUCACGGCUGCACCAGAGAAACAACAGACCAAGACAUCCGAGCCCGCCGACCUGGACAAGGACGAGAAGAGUUGCGACCGUGAGGAAGAGCGCAGCGAGCAGGAGGAUCGCGCCAGUGUUCGAUCGCGCUCCGCCUCAGGCUCCAGCAGCCCCAGUCCGUCAUCAAACUGAGAGAGCGCCCUAUUCUCCACCCAGACCAGUGUGCAACAUUUCAAUCCCCACGACACACACGCACACACACACACCCAUACGCAUGGUUGUAGGAUUUGCUGCACUGCUCUUUUAGUUUUUUUUCUAUUAAAGUUUAUAUUUUUGUACUUUGCUUUAAUUGUAAUAUAGUUUUAUCAGAUGUUUUACAAACACUUUUAUGUCGCUCAUCCCAAUCCCCACAGCGCAGAAGACGCGAAUGUUUCACCUGUUUCUGUCCACUGCUUUCCCCAAAAUUGUCAUCAUAGAAAAUGUAAUAUUAUAGGCUCCACUUAACGAAUUCUACUUUAGUUUAAUUCACGAUGGAAUGACGCAAAGCAAAUCGAAAGCAUUGUAUACAUUUUAAGAAAUAUACAAGUUGGGAACGAUAUAUAUAUA